ACCAGGCGGCAGUGACACCGCGGACGGACACCGGUGGUCCGGCGCCCCAGAUUUCAGCAGAAGGGGGGACGCAACCUAAAAUAACCCCGGUGCCAAACGGUAAGAGAGCGGACUCAUGAGCGUGAAUCAGUGCGGCGCGGCGCGGGGGUGAUGCUGUAACAUCUCUGCGGUGCAUCUGUGGGUUUGACCCGGUCGGCUGCUGAAUUAUCCCUGCGGCUCUCUGCACGACGCACACCGAGGAAUCCGUGACACAUCCUGCGUCUCCGGAGACACCGUCUCUACCCCCCCACCCACCCCUGCACCCUCCUGCACCUCCAUCACUAGAAGCCCGGACACCGGUGACUCUUUAAUGGCUUUUGUGUUCAGGAGAUGGAGGGUUUUACUCGUGCUCAACCUGCUCGCCGUUGCCGGCUUCGUGACUUUCUGGGCCAGGUGCAGCACAGGACGCAUUGUCCAGCCCGCCGGUCCGGAGGCUCCGGCGGACUGGAAGAGGCCCCGGGGCAACGGGACGGCGCAGGGGCCCAGCAUCAGCCAUGAGGUGCUGCUGAAGAGGCUCAGCUCGCUGGAGGACGUGGUGUACCGGCAACUAAACGGUCUGUCCAAAUCUCUGGGCUUGAUUGAGGGCUUCGGGGGCCGGGGUAAAGGCGGCCUCCCCGCCACGCUGGCUCCGCCCGAGGAGAGCGACGCCAAAGUCCUGAGGGAGAAAUACGGCUACAACGCCUACCUCAGCGACAGAAUCUCCCUGGAUCGGACCAUACCAGACCACCGGCCCAGCAAAUGCAGAAAGGUCAACUACCCCAGGGACCUCCCGCAGAUCUCCCUCAUCUUCAUCUUCGUCGAUGAGGCUCUGUCCGUGAUCCUGCGCUCCGUCCACUCGGCUGUCAAUCACACGCCGGCUCACCUGCUCAAAGACAUCAUCCUGGUGGACGACAACAGCGACGACGAGCAGCUGAAGGGACCUCUGGAGGAGUACGUGAACAAACGUUACCCCGGCCUGGUGAAGAUCGUCAGGAACCAGAAGAGAGAGGGACUCAUCCGGGCCAGGAUCGAGGGCUGGAAGGCGGCCACCGGCGAGGUGACGGGAUUCUUUGACGCCCACGUGGAGUUCACGCCGUCCUGGGCCGAGCCGGUCCUGGCCAGAAUAAAAGAGGACCCCAAGAGGAUCAUCUUGCCGUCCAUCGACAACAUCAAGCACGACACGUUCGAGGUCGAGCGCUACGAGAACUCGGGUCACGGCUACAACUGGGAGCUGUGGUGCAUGUACAUCAACCCGCCCAAACAGUGGUGGGACGACGGGGACACGUCCGCCCCCAUCAGGACCCCCGCCAUGAUCGGCUGCUCCUUCGUGGCUAACCGCGAUUACUUCGGCAAGCUGGGCCUGCUGGACUCGGGCAUGGACGUGUACGGAGGAGAGAACAUCGAGCUGGGCAUCAGGGUGUGGAUGUGUGGAGGCAGUAUGGAGGUGCUGCCUUGCUCAAGGGUGGCUCACAUUGCACGGAUGAAGAAACCGUACCACAGCAACAUCGCCUUCCACACUCGGCGGAACGCUCUACGUGUGGCUGAGGUCUGGAUGGACGAGUACAAAUCCAACGUGUACCUGGCCUGGAACAUACCAAUGGAGAACCACGGUAUUGAUUACGGAGACAUCUCUCAGCGGGUCGCCCUGAGGAAGAGUCUGCAGUGCAAGAGCUUUGAGUGGUACCUUGACAACGUUUACCCGGAGAUGAGGCGCUACAACAACACGCUGUUCUACGGCGAGAUCCGUAACUCUCGGGCGAGCCAUCUGUGCAUGGACCAGGGCAUGAAGGAGAACCACACGGCCACCCUGCACCCGUGUCACGGCUGGGGUCCUCAGUUGGGACGCUUCAGCAAAGAGGGGCAGCUGUUCCUCGGUGCUCUGGGCAGCACCGGCGAGGACACCCGCUGUGUGGUGGACGAUCAGGUCAGCAGCUUCCCUCAGCUCCUCAACUGCGACAAGGUCCCGAACGUGAAGCAGAAGACGUGGCACUUCUCUCAGAACGAGUCCAUCAUAAAUCGAGCGUCAGGACGCUGUGUGGAGGUGGUGCCGGCCAACGUUUACUUCGGCAACCUGCUGGUGCUGCAGCCCUGCUCCGGUCAGCGGUGGACCAUUAAGAACACCAUGAUGCAGUAGUCAAAGCGGCGAAACGUCACCGGGACCAACGAGACGAGGCUCAGGGGCGGCGGUCUGACCUCAGCUCGGCCGAGCCGCGGCCGACGAGGCGGACGCUCCUCGUCUUCAGGAAGAGACGGAGACGCGGUGAAUGAGACGAGCUGCUGAACGUCUCGGACAGGGACACGGGUUUUGUGGGAAAUGGUUUCUUUUUUUUUCUAUUUUACAAACUGGAUAUUCAACAUGAUGCAAGUUUUGCAUGAGAACUGUUUCUUUGAUCAUCUGAAUUUGACAAACUUUCAAUGUGACGUUGCCAUAAAUCCUGUCCGUGCCACAGUCUGAAGUGUCCAACGCCACCUUCGUUCAUUCUGUGUUAUGAAAUCGUCUAUAAGGAAUAAGACACCUGGAUUUAAACUUGCACUGACCAUAAAACACUGGUAGUUUGUUAGGUUUCAUCCGUGGCUCCACAUUUUAUCCGAAGACAAAGAGCGACCUUCUUAUCGGGCAUAAAUCCACGUGAAUUAUGCAUUAAUGCCCCAAAAACUGAUUUAUAUUUUCUUCUUACAAAAGUCUAGACCUUGUAAAUAUUUAAUCUGACCAAAAAAAAAAGAUGCUAAAUAAAGUAUUGGGCCCUGGGUUUUUCUCAAGUUAGUGUAAAUCACCUUGUCGAGGGCUACUGGGCUAAAUCAUGGUUUUCUAUGUGGUGGAUGUUUGUGUCUUUUCCCAUCAUUCUUACUUCGAGCGUUCUGUAGCACCAAAUGCAGUACAUCCUGUAGCAUGAUUGUAAGUACUGUAUGCACACGGGGACGAGGUUGAAGUUGAUCUGUUCCGUUUCUAGCUGAGUGCCAUAACUGCUGCAGACGGCCAAAAACUAAAGAAGCACUUUUUUUGGGGGGGACGACGAGCUGCAGACGACGAGGCGGAGGUCGAAUCAGGAUGACCGGUGGUG